UAGUUCACUUUAUUCCCGGUGCUGGUCGUGCUGAGACCACACAUACCUGUCCCUUACUUCCUCUUCGUACAAGAAAAAUGUUGGUGCUUGGUAUUUUGUUUCUGACUUCCUUCGAUUUUAAAUCUGCUUCUGCUUAUGUCUGUGACUCAUUUGUGAAUACGUAUGACAAUCGAUGGCUGUCGGAGGCCGAGCUGAAGGACGUGGUGGUGGUGGGAGGUGGCGCUGCAGGACUGUCGGCCAUGAAGACCCUCAUUUCGAACGGCGUGAACAAUGUGGUCCUGCUUGAGGCGCAAGACUACGUCGGAGGUCGAGUCAGAACACACAGAGAGGGUGACAUUCUGACGGAGGACGGUGCAGAGUGGAUUCAUGGUGGGAAAACAAACCAUCUGUACGGUCUUGCUGAGAAAUUAGGAGGUCUCACUCAGCCUCUUCCUGAUUCCGAUUAUGAUUUUAGGCUCAGAACACAGUCCGGAGCGACUGCUGAUAUAAACGGAUAUGAUGCGGCCAGCAGCAUCUACGAGAAAUGCGAAGCGAACUCUGUCCUCAAGAAGUAUCACAAGUUCGGCUACGGCAAAUGCUAUGCGGACAGGUUUGACAAGCAAUAUACAAGAUUUGAAGGAAAGGAACAGGAAAGGGAAGCUUGGAGACAUUAUCUGGAGAUGUGGGUCAACAAGGACACAGGUCUCUCUGACUGGAAUGAUCAGUCAGCCAAGGAUGCAGACUACUUCACUGACUGGGGCAAUGAUGAGUGGAAUCAGUGGGCUGAUGGUUAUGAGACCCUCGUCAACUACCUCAUGAAAGACAUCCCGGAGAGUAAGGUGAAACUAUCGUCACCCGUGUGCAGGGUAUUCUGGGGCAAUAAAGUUGAAGGAGCCAGCCUUGGAAAUCGCGUUCUUGUGGUAACAGCGGAUGGAGUUUCGUAUCUGGCAAACCAUGUCAUCACCACAAUCUCUGUCGGGGUCCUCAAAAAGCACCAUUCUGAGAUAUUCACUCCAGCGUUGAAAAAAUCCUACCGAAAAGCACUGGCUGUGACGGAACUAGGAAUUGCUGACAAGGUGCAGCUUGGGUGGGAUUCCUCGUGGUGGGGACCGAAUCCUCUCACUCUUCAGAUCAUCUACACUGAAGACUUACCUGCUGAAAUGUCAUGGCUGGAGGGAGUGAUGGAGUUCCUGACGAUCCACCAGCAGCCCACUAUGUGUCAAGCCUUUGUAGCCGGAGAGUAUGCGCUGGCCAUGGAGGCUCUUCCGGAGGAGACGGUGAAGCAGCACGCAGUGUGGCUCCUGGCCAACGCCACAGGGCAGGAAGUGCCAGAGCCCACCUUCUUCAGGAGGACUCAGUGGGGGCUGGACGAGUUCAUGGAGGGAUCCUAUAACUCAUACGUGACCGUGAAGGGCGCCAGGAAAAUUAUGAAGAAACGUACACCACUGUCCAAACCAGCAGUCAGGAAGCGCAAGCCGAUGCUGCUGUGGGCGGGAGAGCACACGAGCGACGAACGCUACGGCACCGUGGACGGGGCGAUGGACACGGGAGAAAGAGAAGCCUUCAGGGUCAUAGACUAUAUGGAGGCAAAUGCCAAGCCCUUCCGAAGACAACGGAAGCUUAAGGGAAUCGGACAUGAAGGGAUAAUUGAUUGUGAUUUUUUGGGUAAUGAUAACUCAUAAAGUGUAUGCUAUAUGUCAUAACGCACUAAAUAUGCAUUUAGAUAAUAUCUUUACUGCUAAUUUUAACAUAAAUUUCUUUUGGAUAGGUAUUCCAUGUAACCAGUUUUUAAUAUCAUUUGAAAAAAGGAUGACACUUAUAAGAUUGCUUGUAGCAUCGAUAGUGUGUGAAAUAAAAUUGCAUAAUUA